AUGCCGAUGGCUUGUCAUGUGCCGACCAUGUCGCUGGCCGACUUGGCGUUCAAUAUCGCAACUGAGUCGUCGUCCUCGUCGUCUUCCUCGUCAUCCUCGUCGUCUUUGUCGUCACCUCGAGCCGCGGUAGGAGGUGGCCCCGUUCCCGGGGACAGUGUCGCCGGAUCACCAUCUCCGUCUCUGAGUUCUUCUUCGUGCGGCUCCUGCGAUUGUCCUUCUUCUGCAGCCCACGCCACUACCGCCGCCGCCUUAGCCUCCGCUACCACCGUUCGACCGUCGCCCUUCUCUCAGCAACAGCAGCAGCAGCAGCAGCCGUCUCUGCCUCCUCCAUACCCGCCACCAGUUAGCCAGACAUACGCGCACCUCGCUGGUGUGUUGCAGCAGUUCUUCAGCACGUGGAGUCCGUGCGAACAAACUAUGGCCAUUUACCAGCUGAUCAACAGGAUGCCCGUGCCGCAGGUUAGAAUGUUGACCACAAAGCUGCACGAGGACUACACACAGCUGCCCAGUUUCUGGCACAUCGUCGAACAACAAGCUAAUGAUCCAGGUACUAUGUCAGGCUCAAACUACGUACUGUGUAUAAUAGUAUAA